AUGAGUGCAAAAAAUAAUUUUGUCUUAGUGGUUCUUCUAAUACUUGUUAUUGAAGUGAUUCCGAUACAAAUUGAACUUCAAGACGGUGAAGAGUUAAAAGGCAAUAAUAUAGAGCAAACUCAUUUAAAUGAAUGUCUGAGCACCAGAAGGGGUAAUGAAGUCGGUGUCUGUUUUGGCAAAGAACUCCUAAACAAAUUGAAUACUUAUGAUGAAACUGAUUCCUUCAGUUUGGCGACGGGUGUCAGUUUUGUAAGAGAUGAGAAAACUCCAAGAGACAUUGGAGCAUUUCUUGAUAAAGACCCUAUGGAUUUUCGCUCCAUAAUUGAAGAUGCGAGUCAUCUAAUUUCUAAAAGAUCCCUACACUGGGACCUGAGUGCAGUCUACCCUGGACUAGUAAUGAGGAUAGCUCCAACGUUAGCCAAUGGAGUACUUGAAUUUGUUAUGGAUCCUAGAAUCAAGGACAGGACGUAUCAACAACCUACGGAAGUAUCCACAGGUCGUCUUCUAGCACGAAAUCUUCUGAUACCGUUUCUACUCGGCUUCAAGUUCCAGCUAUCUACUUUAUUACCAUUAGUAUUAGGUCUAUUACUGAUUGCUAGUAAGAAGGCCUUUUUACUGGCCAAGCUAGCAUUACUGGCUAUAACUGUAUUCAGUUCUGGAUUUGGCAGUCAAGGAUCGUUCUUCGGAGGUGGACCAUCUGUUUCUUCUCCCUAUACUUCAUACGAACCAGCAACAUAUCACCAUGAUCACCAUGAUCAUCACUCUUCAGGUUAUUAUCGCCGCCAGCCGCCUCCAGACCAUUACUAUCGUGAGAAAUCAUCAGAACCAACUACAGCCUCACCAAUAACCCCAGGAGAGCUAAGAGAUAGGCUGGAACGUCUCUUUGUGACCAAGAAAGAGAACAACAACGACGCGAGAGAUGAUGUUAGUAUAAGAAAUGCAAGAAACUUUCAAUGGACUCCUAUUAAUACCGGUUAA